AUGCAACAAGAAAAUUUAAAAUUUUAUGGACCAACAGAAAUGAAAAAUGAAUAUUCUCUAAUGAUAACGGUUAUUCGAUCUGCAAUAUCUGAAAUGAAAAAAAAGGGUUAUAAUGAUAACUAUAAUCAACUUAUUAAAAGUUUAAAGGAAUAUUCAAAGGGCAUAGUGGAUAUAAAAAAAUUACGUGUUUGGAUUAUGGCCUUUGCUCACAAUGCUUUCCAUUUAGAUGAACGUUGUACGGAUUUGAUUGACGUGAUUUUCAAUCUAAAUUGGACAGAACAUGAUAACAAUCUUGCAUUAGCUUACAUAAUGUUCUUAUCGAAUUUGAUUUCAUCUAAUCCUUCUCUUUAUCAAAACCGUGUAUUACAAAUGCUGGUACAAAAAUUUGCCUUCAGAAGAAUACCGAAUAAUCUUGAAAAAAUUAAUGGAAGAGUUCAUACAGCUGUGAAAAGUAUUAUAAAAAUAACUCCGAAUUCAGUUGAUCUACUUUACAAAUUGAUAGUUGAAGAAUUUCCACACAAAGCAGAACCUUUAUAUGUUCAUAUAACUUAUCUAAAAAAUUUGUUACAACUUUUGGAAUACACGAAUAAAUUGCAAUCUGAUGUUUUACAACUAAUAUUUAAUUUAGAAGAUUCAAUUCCACAGUAUAAUAUAUCACUUUAUGGUGAUGGAAAUAAUUCAGAUUCUUUAAAUUCAAUGGUAUAUCAAAAACUAUCAACAAUCCAAACCAAUUUGUUGUCGUCCUCACAAAGUCAUCAAAAUAACGAUGUCAAUUAUAAUGAUUUUAAUAUGUUAACAGGAUAUUAUGAUGAAAGUGAUGGUGAUAAUAUGGACAAUACUUCACAAAUGGUCACAAUACUUGACAUUAAAGAUUUAUUAGAAAAGUUGGAUUGUAUGAUGAAGUUGUUGUUUGAUUAUUUAAGUUGGUGUUAUAAAAAUACUACAAAGAAAGGACAAGAGGAAAUUUACAGAGUUUUGAUGAAUGUUUUUGAAAAGAGAAUUUUGCACACUUGUAAAUCGCGAUAUGUUCAAUUCAUAAUUUUUUGGUACGUUUCGCUUGACUAUUCAUUUUCAAGGCGUUAUUUAACACUAAUUCUACGAAAAACAUUUGGGGAACAAGAAUCAGAAAUCAUUAGAUUCUCGGCAACCCAAUAUCUUGCAUCGUUUGCUGCCCGUGCCAAAUUUCUUAAAAAACAAGAGUUACGUCAAAUAUUUCAUAUUGUAGGCAGUUGGAUUGAAAGAUACAUAUGCAAAUAUAAAGUGUCAGUUGCAGACAAACAAGCCAAACAAAAUAAACAUUUCUAUUCAGUGUUAACAGAUAUAAUGUACAUCUUCUGUUAUAGAUGGAGCGAUCUCGCAAAUAAAAAUGGAUGGUGUAAAGAAACUGAUUGGAUCAAAACUAUUCUAAAUUCAAAUUUUAAACCUUUGGAGAUGUGUGCACAAUCUAUUGUAGAAGUAUUUAUUUACAUAACGAAUAAAGUGAACUUUUUACAAUGUAAUGCGAAUUAUAGAAUUCGUCAUGACGAAGAGGAGGAAAGUUUAUGGGAAAUGUCAAAAUUUUUUCCAUUUGAUCCAUUUGGACUUAAAACUUCACAACAUUACUUAAAUGAUAUAUAUAUUCAUUGGGAGGGGUUUUCAGAAUAA